CCAUCACUCUGCACUCUCACUCUCUGUCAUCAGAAUAUCUCCAGCAGCGUGAACUGGAGCUGAGAGCACGUCUGGACCAAUGUCUCUGAGCUGAGUUUUGUGUGUUGCAGCAUUACACAGAGAACAACAACCUCCAUCUUUGAUCUGAUCCUGAAAACAAGAAGAUGGGUGAUUUGCAGAGCCGUCUGCUGGAGGAAGGGAGGGAGGCGCAUAGGAAAGAUUUGGAAGAUUUUGUGUUUCUAAUCAAAAACGACGGAAAGGCUCCAGAUCUGAGAGUCAACAAGAGCAUUGUGAUGUUCACAGGUCUGUCGUCUUCAGACAAUCUGAGACAACACUACGAGAAGAGGAAAAUGGAGGUGGGCGGCUCCGUUAAUGACUUAAUCAAACUGCAUGCUGCAGACUGGAUCAAAAACCUGGCGGAUAAACUGGCCAGCAUGGAGUCAGCUCCUGCACUGGCGGGCCUCGGAGCGCUGGCCAUCGCUGUCCUCAUCGACUUGGCUUCCUCGAGUCCACCUGAGGAAAGCACAAAGGACGCUCUGCGGGGCGUGUUUGCCGAGGAGAAGGCCUCCGAGGUCUGGGAUCAGAUCGACGAGUGCCUGAAGAGAUGCGUGAUGCACAUCAACAACGACCCCGAACUGGUGACUGACAUCAGACGGAUCGAGGUCCAGCUGAGCACCGCCCUCACCAAGCUGAAGAACUCCAUGGUGAGGCACGGCCACAUGUCGUCUCAGGCUCUGAAGGCCUGGGUGAACGGGGCAGCCUUCCACAUCCAGAUGCUGAUUCACCUGGUGAGACUCGGAGGGACUCAAACCUGCGACCCUGUGGAGAGACUCCUCUCGACUUACCUGAGAGACCUGGACACGCUGUUCAUCAAGCACAGGGAAAUGAUCGAGGGGAAGUGCAGAGUGAAUGAGGUUACAAGUACUGAUGUGCCAUUGAGUUACACAUAUCUGGUGGAUGAUGAUUUAAAGGCACACUAUAUGAUUUAUAAUUAUGCCUGCUUUAAAGAAUACUUUGAGGCUUAUUAUGAUAACAGAUACAGCGUGCAGACAAGUGACAUCAAGCGUUACUUCAGCGGCAUAAGAAACAACCUACAGACGCUGGUUAAUCAAAAAGGAUACUUUAACAUCUAAACAUCCAGAAAAUAAUAAUAAUAAUAUUCUGACAUUAUAACUGUUGAGU